GAAUGCCUUUUCUCCCCAAUCCGCAAUUCCUGGCCUCGGAAGGUCACGGUGCACAGUCGUAUAUGUAGCCGUGGUACCUCCUGCCUCUCCAAGUUCUCUUUCUGCCGCUGAUAUAUCGCCGUAGCAGCUGGAGAAAGAUCUUUGCAUCAGGGUAGUCCGGCGCCGUGUUUUCCUGCUUCCGUUUCUCCAAGGCGCAGACACAUUUCCCCCAAACAUGUGGCAGGCACUAAGGAAUAUCAAUCUCACCAACCCGGCAGGCUCCACUGGCACGUUAUUAUCACGCGGCCUGCCGCACCUGGUAGCGACCGACCUCGGCUGUGCCAACCGCCCAAGACACCUCGCCGAGGUGUCCAGCUUGAUGCGGAAGAACGGCAUCCUCAAAGUGAGCCUGCAGUUCGAGGACGACUCCAGCCGGUAUCUCCAGCGGCUGGUCCAGGGGCUCCACGACCACUACGGCCACGGGCUGCCCAUCACCCACAGUGCAUCUCGCGGCUGGUUCUGGGACGUCCGACCGAGUCGGGCGACGUUCCAAACCCCGUCGCAUCAGGCACGAUCCGAGACCAUGGAGGAGUUUCCUUGGCACACUGACUGUAGCUACGAAGACGCCCCGCCCCGCUACUUUGCCUUGCAGGUUCUCCGCGAAGACCGGUGUGGCGGGGGCACACUCUCCGUCAUGAACGUCGAGAGGAUCGGUUCGCUCCUUUCGCCGUCGACCUGCGCGGCGCUCCAUCGGCCCGAGUUCCGCAUCGCCGUGCCCCCGGAGUUUGUGAAGUGCAGCACGAAACACGACACGGUGGGCAGCCUGAUGGCUGCCGGCGCAGAGGGCUCGCACUGGACGAUUCGCUUCCGGGAGGAUCUGGUCACCCCUCUGACGGCCGAGGCCGCGCUGGCGCUGCAAGAGUUAAAGGAAUGUCUUCACGGACUGAGCGUGCAGGGUGAGCCGCUACAUCUGACGCCGGAUACGCUCCCGCGGGGCUCAGUGAUCCUCAUGGAUAAUUUUCGGUGGCUGCAUGCUCGGAACCAGGUGAUGGAUCCUGAGCGUCAUCUGCGGAGGGUGCGGUGGGACGCGAGGCCCUUCCCGUCUGGUCUGUUGUCCCGUAUUGAGUGAGCCAUCAUCCAUGCAGUGAUGUUGGGGGUGACCUACUACGUACGGGAACUGCGAAUAUCACAAAAGGCCGUACGGAAGGCACUAGUGCCGCCGC